AAAAAAAAGAAAAGAGAAAAGAAGAAAAAAAAAUCGCGAUAUACAUAUACGUAAUAUAUAGAUGCGUUCGUAUUCUACGAGAUUCGCAGCUCUUAUCGGCGAUCCACGCGAGCUUGGACCGACAAAUCAUGAAAUGGAAUUCGAUAUCGAACGAUAUCGCGACCGCGAGUCGCGAAACAUUUCUCUCUCUCUCUCUCUCUCUUCCUUUCAGCACGAUCGAGCAUGCUAUCUCGUUUCUCCGUCGAUGUGUUUAUAAAAGAAUGAGAGAAAGAGAAAGAGAAAGAGAAAGAGAAAGAGAGAGAGAUCGAUCGUGUGUGCGCGCUUCACUGGCGCCUGUCGCCGACCUCGAAGACCUCUCUCGACUUCGUCGACUCCUACGUCCUCCUAUCGUCGAGAGCUCCCGUUUAUCUUUUCUUCUUUCUUUCUUUCUUUCUUUCUUUCGUUGUCUCUCAAAAAGAAAAGAAAAAAAGAAAAGAGAGAGAGAGAGAGGACAAACAAAGGAUUCUCGGUAAUCUCAGAUAUGAGAAUAUGCGAUUUCGCUGAGAAAUCUCAACGAUGACGACACUCAACGAUCGAGUAGAAGCAGAUGGCCGAUAGGCGAGAAUCCAGGUUGGUUAUCGGUGCGAUAAAGCUUUGUAACACGCGACCUAGCUUCUCUCUCUCUCUCUCUCUUCUUUUUUUUCCUUUCCUCUUUACGCCAGCUGGUCGAAGCGUUAUAUCUCUUUAACAGAGAGAAUCCUUCUUAGAUUUAUAUCCUUCGUUCGAUAGUACCCAGGUGUUACACGUUAUAGGUAAUCUCUGGAAGAAUCUCGGUUGCUUUUUCUUUCGUUAACGUUGGAAUUUUUGAGAUCGAAGAAAUUUGUUAUACUUGGAAAAUUUCGAAGAGAUUCUCGUCGAUCGUAUUCCCUUUGAUCCAAGGAGCUAUUUCCUGGUUCUUCUUGCAUAACAGGUGGUAUUUCGAGAUUAUGUCGGUCCAUGAAAUCGUCGUUCUCCUUGGAUCUCAGCAUCGCAAAUAUUUGCGGCACGAUUUGAACGUUAUUGCUUGGGGAGGCAGAGAGACGAGACGAGCGAAUGUAGAACAGAAUACACGAAAUGAAAGAAUCGUAGAAGGACUAUGUAGAUUUGGAGAAAGGAUUCGAAAAGAACGUAUGGACGAAUAAAACAAGAAGCACAACGAGCAGGCAAUCUUUCGAUAGGUCGAUACAGUAGCGGUCGAUGCAGCAGGAGCUCUCCGAGGUCAGUGCGGUCGCCAACGAGAAAGACGAUCCCGUCGCCGAGUGUGCAAGCGCGUUUGCCUCCCGGAAAGGCAAUAAAAGGAAAGCGACGUAGACGAGGUUGGCGCCAGAGCCAUGUGGCUGCUGCCGCCACCGUCCUCGGUUCGAAACGAGCGAGAAGCUUCCUUCUUAAGAGAAAGAGAGAGAAAGAGAGAAAGAGAAGUCGAGCAAAAAGGGUGCAUCGGACGGUAGAGAAAGAGAAAUACGACGUGAUCUAAUCUGUAAUCGAGAAACUAGAACGACGUGUCAUGCAGGUUCGUUGUCGCGUACGAUCAGAAACAAACCGUGAUAGGAAACGAGAGAAAGAGAAAAAUAACAAAGCUUUAUAUCCAUGGUCCAGAAACGCUGGACGGACGUGAAUCGUGAAUACGGACCUUGUAUCAGAUAUAUAUGUGUAUAUAUAUAUAUAUAUAUAUAUAUAUAUAUAUAUUAUGAAGAUCGAAAGAGAAAUAAAAAGAAGAAAUGGAAGAAGAAGAAUAGAGGGAGAAGAGAACUCGAUAAAUUAUCGUCAGAGCGAUCGAUCGACCUGACCGCCGGCUCUUCUCGUCGUCGUAUCGUUCAACGACAGGCGUCAUUCGUCUAGCUUACCGGUCGUUCGGUCUUAGGAGACGAACACGGACAAUCGACUUCGUUUAACCUGCCGCACGACGUGCCGAGAGAAAGAGAGGAGAGAGAGAGAGAGAGAGAGAGAGAGAGAAAGAGAGAAAGAGCGUCAAAAAUAGUAGAUGGAAGGCGAAGCUCGAGCGUCUACCGUGUCGGUACGCGACUUGUAUAAUAAUAAGAGUCGUCGGGAUCGAGUAAACACGUUCCUAUCGAACGAACGUUUAACGCUGCUUCAAGAAAACGAUUACUUGGAGAUGUUAUUGGUAUCGUUAGUUUCAAGAGCGAGAUAGAGAGAGAGAGAGAGAGAGAGAAAAGAAAAAUAUUUUUCUCACGAUAGUAAGAAAUCUUUGCUAUUAACUAGGCCGCGUCGUGCCGACACGUGCCACUUGCCUCCGGUGGGUCGUACGUAUUUUUAACGAACCGACGGAUUCCUGGCUAUGGGGUCGGCGAUGGCCGAGAAUAGCAGAUUUCGUUUCUGCUUAUGUAGCCGCCCGAGAGAAACGAGAAUGGAGUGAAAGAACGAAAGAGCGAGAGCGAGAACGAGAAAGAGAAAGAUAGAGUGGGAGAGGCGCGUAUUAUAAUCGGCCGAGCCCUGUACGCCAGAUGGUACCAGCUGGAUGACGCACCGAAGUUGAAAACAUCCCGUCUCCGGCGCGAUUCCGCCCACGGAAUCACUCGCGGAGGAAACGAUCGCCUGGUGUAAUGGCGGGCUCCGAGAGAGACGCUGGAUUCUGCAGCGGUGGCGACGAGGACGACAUGUCUGGCUUGCACUCGCCGAGUGCCUCCGAGGACAGCGUCGAGGUUCAAGUGAUACCGAUUUCCUUGAGAAACAAGAGAAAACUCGCCGAACCGAGAAAGAUACAGGAGCCGAGCACGGCACCGUUGAAGAAGAGGAGGUUCGAGCAAAUCGAGGAAAGGGUCGUUGCGGACGAAGAAUCGAGACCAGCCAGAUCGCCGAGUCCUUUCAGACCUUGGAGCAGCCCGUCGAGCAAAAGUAACGAGACGAAGACGACCACGACGAAAACGGCGUCUUCGACUACGACAACGUCGAACGGCAACGCUGUUUCUACGAUCGUAUCUGCCACGUCGAGCGGUGGUCGAGGAGUAGAAAGAGAAGAGGAGGAAGAGACCAGAAGAAGAGAAGAAGCUAGAAUCGAAGAAGAAGCGUUGCUGAGGUUACGAGAGACGAGCAACCGCAGGCCCGAUUCUCCGAUUCAAGUUCGUAACGCGAUUCCGAGACGAGAGGUACGUCAGAGGUUCGAACAACCGGCACCUACGAGUAGUUCUCCGGCUCCUCUCGCACCCGGUAUCGUUCUUCCUUCCCAUCCGAAACUUCAAGAGGAACCACUGGCACUCGUUUUGAGAGGAGAAAUUCCAAGAGUGCCUUCGCAUCCGGCCGUCAGUGGAACGUACGAGAGAGUACCACCGUCUUACCCGGUCGACGGCCACCAUCAUCAACAGCCGCAUCACCAUCAUCAUCACCAUCACCAUCAUCAUCAUCAACAUCACCCUGUACCACCGCAUCGGCAACAAAGUCAUCAAUCUCCAGCCACGCAACAGACCAAUCACUCGAGGCAUCACCAGGGCAACGGUGCCGGAGGAGGGAGUGGCCAACAACGUAACUACAAAAAUAUGACUCGCGAGAGACGGAUCGAAGCCAAUGCCAGAGAAAGAACGCGGGUUCACACUAUAAGCGCCGCUUUCGACACCCUCAGACGAGCUAUACCUGCUUAUUCGCACAAUCAAAAGCUUUCGAAGCUCUCUGUCCUUAGGAUCGCAUGCAGUUACAUCAUGACUCUAAGUAAGAUCGUCAACACCCCCGAAGGCGAAUCUACGACCGGCGCGUCUCUCGGUGCCUGCGUCGAUCUCGUCUCCAGGACGAUUCAAACCGAAGGGAAGCUCAGAAAGAGGAAAGACGAUUAAGAAGAGAGAGAGAGAGAGAUUCUUCUUUGCUUUUUUAGAUGUAGCAUCUAAAACGCGAAGCUCUAUCGAAGAUGAAAAGCGUGUCCGAUGCCCUAGUUUCGAAGCGUCGAAUUGCAAGAAAACUCUAAAUCGACGUUUCUACGUUACAUCCUCCUUGGCAAAUUUAUAUACAUAUUGCUAUAAUAAGAACGAAGAUUCUACUAUAUUUAUCCGAUUCAUCCAUCGUCGUUUCUUCGGUAAACGAAUUUGACGAUGAUCCUUUUGGAGAUACAAAUUGUUCUUGUAACGGAUUUAAGGCUUAUUUCUAGACGUUUAUUCGCCGUGAGUCGAGGGAUCUGCGAACGGUCGAAUUAUUUAAAAACGCAUUUACACUUUAACGAAAAAGUAAGACAAUAAAUACCAAUCGCUAGAGCUCGAUAUUUGACUGCUCGAACUCCUCUUGGAUAUUGUUUCGGAAACCAUCGCGAUCUCGAAUGGUUUUAUUCGUACUUAACUUGUAUUCAGCGAGCUUCGAAUAACAUUGUCGCGUGAAAUUGCUUUUAAUUUCGUUUGAAUCUAGAUUUUUGUCGGAACGAAUGGUACAAAAAUUCCGAUCGUUGCUCGUAUGAAAACUACAUGAAAAAUUAUUGAGGAAUAGACACUUUUCGUAUGUAAGUAGAUUCAAAUUUGAGAAAUGAUUUUGGAAAUGAUGCGUGCAUAGGGAUCGUGGUUCUGAUUCGCGUUUGUCUUUUGUACGGACAAGAAAGAAGGAGAGAAAAAGAGAGAGAAAGAGAGAGAGAGAGGGAGGGAGAUCUCGCUCCUAACUAAAACGAUAGUGACGAUGAUAAUAUCGAGCGGUACACACAUACAUCGAUGCGAGCUCUAAUAAAAUUUAAGUUAAUCGCUAAAACGCGUGUAAAUAUAUUACUCCGAGUUGCCAUAAAUAGGCUACGCCGUGCAUAUUAGUUACGUUAUUACAAAUAAGAAUAUUAUUGUCGAUAUAGAAUAUAUUAUAAAAAAAAAAUGAUAUAACGCAGACGAGAAGACGACGCGUUGUUACGCGUCGAUCGGCCGUUCGCGUUGCAGCGAUUGUCCGCUGAAUGUCCUGUAUGUACCUUUUUACGUUCUAAGGUAACCUCGCGUUUGAAAACGAAGUUCAAAUAAAUUGCAAUUGUGGAGAAAAAUAA